AUUGUCCCUCCAACAAAAUCAAAUACGCCUCCUCCCCUCUCCCUCUUCCACCCCCGACCGCCUGCUCGACCUUCUCCACCAUCUCUCUCUCUCUCUCUCUCUCUUCCAUGGUUCAUCACCCUCCGCCAUGCCUCCUCGUCCCGCCUUCCUCUUCUUUCUCCCAAGGUGGAUUGGGCGCCAGCUGGGGCUGCUGCCGGGGCCGGGCGGCGACGGUGGCGGCGGCGGCGGAGGAUCGUCCGGCGACGAGAACCCGGUGUCCCACUCCAUCGAGUGCUACGCGUGCACGCAGGUAGGAGUCCCCGUGUUCCACUCCACCAGCUGCGACCGGGCCCACGAGCAGCCCGAGUGGGAGGCCUCCGCGGGCUCCUCCCUCGUCCCCAUCCAGGCCAGGGCCGGGCCCGGGGCGGGGAAGGGCGCCGGCCGCCGCGGGGGGCAGCAGCAGCGCGGGCCGUUCGGGCGGGUGCUGGACCCGCGGAGCAAGCGGGUGCAGCGGUGGAACCGGGGGUUCCUGCUGGCGCGCGGGAUGGCGCUGGCGGUGGACCCGCUCUUCUUCUACGCGCUGUCCAUCGGCCGGGGCGGGUCGCCCUGCCUGUACAUGGACGGCGGGCUGGCGGCCAUCGUGACGGUGCUGCGGACGUGCGUGGACGCUGUGCACCUGUUCCACCUCUGGCUCCAGUUCAGGCUGGCCUACGUGUCGCGGGAGUCGCUGGUGGUCGGGUGCGGGAAGCUCGUCUGGGACGCGCGCGCCAUCGCCUCCAACUACGUCGGCUCCGUCAAGGGCUUCUGGUUCGACGUCUUCGUCAUCCUCCCCGUUCCCCAGGCCGUGUUCUGGCUGGUGGUGCCAAAGCUGAUCCGGGAAGAGAAGAUCAAACUUAUCAUGACCAUACUCCUCCUCAUCUUCCUGUUCCAGUUCCUUCCCAAGGUCUACCACAGCAUCUGCCUGAUGAGGAGGAUGCAGAAGGUCACGGGCUACAUCUUCGGCACCAUCUGGUGGGGCUUCGGCCUCAAUCUCAUCGCCUACUUCAUCGCUUCUCAUGUAGCUGGCGGGUGCUGGUACGUCCUAGCAAUACAGCGAGUGGCUUCAUGUCUCCGACAACAGUGUGAGAGAAAUGUUAACUGCGAUUUCUCUCUGUCUUGCGCUGAGGAGGUCUGCUACCAACUUUUGUUACCUGCCGGCACAAUAGGGGACGAGUGUGGCGGAAAUAGGACAGCUGCUAUGGCCAGAAAGCCAUUGUGCUUAGAUAAGAACGGACCAUUUCACUACGGGAUCUACCAGUGGGCUCUUCCGGUCAUUUCCAGCGACUCCGUAGUUGUGAAGAUCCUUUAUCCCAUUUUUUGGGGUCUGAUGACCCUCAGCACUUUUGGUAAUGAUCUGGAGCCUACGAGCCACUGGAUGGAGGUGGUAUUCAGUAUAUGCAUCGUCCUCAGUGGGCUACUUCUGUUCACUCUUUUAAUCGGAAAUAUCCAGGUGUUUCUGCAUGCUGUCAUGGCGAAGAAGAGAAAAAUGCAGCUGAGGUGCCGCGACAUGGAAUGGUGGAUGCGGCGGAGGCAGCUGCCCUCCCAUUUGAGGCAGAGGGUGCGCCAUUACGAGCACCAGAGGUGGACGACGAUGGGAGGGGAAGACGAGAUGGAACUGAUAAAAGAGUUGCCGGAGGGGCUACGGCGGGACAUCAAGCGCUAUCUUUGCCUGGACCUCAUCAUGAAGGUGCCGCUUUUUCACAACUUGGAUGAUCUUAUUCUGGACAACAUCUGCGACCGCGUCAAGCCCCUCGUCUUCUCUAGAGAUGAGAAGAUCAUUCGGGAAGGCGACCCCGUGCAGAGGAUUGUGUUCAUUCUGCGCGGACGCAUCAAACGCAUGCAAGGCCUGAGCAAAGGAAUGGUGGCGACGAGCUUGCUCGAGCCCGGCGGCUUCCUGGGCGACGAGCUCUUGUCCUGGUGCCUGCGGCGCCCGUUCAUAGACCGACGUCCAGCCUCGUCCGCGACAUUCGAGUGUAUGGACUCUAUAGAGGCGUUUGGCCUGGAUGCCGACAGCCUCCGGUACAUUACCGACCACUUCCGCUACAAGUUUCUGAACGAGAGGCUCAAAUGGAGAGCGAGGUACUACUCAUCCAACUGGCGCACCUGGGCCGCGGUGAAUAUCCAGCUCGCUUGGCGCCGUCACAGGCUGAGGACCCGGGGCCCGAUGAGCCCGGCGUCGGAAGACGGCGGAAGCGGGCGGCGCAAUCUCCUGCAGUAUGCCGCGAUGUUCAUGUCACUAAGGCCACACGAUCACCUCGAAUAACCAGAUUGCCCAGUCUCUUCCGUUCCUCUAAUCAUCGAUGAAUCGCCUCGGGACGUGCUGAAUUCUUGCUCGCCGGAAGUCUCUUGGAGAUCCCCAGUGGAGCCGAUCGGGUUGAAUGCGUGAAAUGGAGAAAAAUUGGGGAACAAAUUAUUUCGAUGAUUGAAUAAGAAAUUUCUUCUCUUGAUUAA